AUGGUUGAGGCUAAGGGUGAGGCUAAGGGUGAGGCUAAGGGUGGGGAGGUACCCUACCACCCCAGUACCCUACCACCCCAGUACCCUAACACCCCAGUACCCUACCACCCCAGUACCCUACCACCCCAGUAUCCUACCACCCGAGUAUCCUAUCACCCCAGUACCCUACCACCCCAGUACCCUACCACCCCAGUAUCCUACCAGCCCAGUACCCUAUCACCCCAGUACCCUAAGACCCCAGUACCCUACCACCCCAGUACCCUACCACCCCAGUACUCUACCACCUCAGUACCCUAUCACCCCAGUACCCUACCACCCCAGUAUCCUACCACCCCAGUACCCUACCACCCCAGUACCCUACCACCCCAGUACCCUACCACCCCAGUACUCUACCACCUCAGUACCCUAUCACCCCAGUACCCUACCACCCCAGUAUCCUACCACCCCAGUACCCUAUCACCCCAGUACCCUAUCACCCCAGUACCCUACCACCCCAGUACCCUAUCACCCCAGUAUUCUACCACCCCAGUACCCUACCACCCCAGUAUCCUACCACCCCAGUACCCUAUCACCCCAGUACCCUACCACCGCAGUACCUUAUCACCCCAGUACCCUAUCACCCCAGUACCCUACCACCCAGGUAUCCUACCACCCCAGUACCCUAUCACCCCAGUACCCUACCACCCCAGUAUCCUACCACCCCAGUACCCUAUCACCCCAGUACCCUACCACCCCAGUACCCUACCACCCAGGUAUCCUACCACCCCAGUACCCUAUCACCCCAGUACCCUACCACCCCAGUACCCUAUCACCCCAGUACCCUACCACCCCAGUACCCUAUCACCCCAGUACCCUAUCACCCCAGUACCCUACCACCCCAGUACCCUACCACCCCAGUAUCCUACCACCACAGUACCCUACCACCCCAAUACCCUACCACCCCAGUAUCCUACCACCCCAGUACCAUAUCACCCCAGUACCCUACCACCCCAAUACCCUAUCACCCCAGUAUUCUACCACCCCAGUACCCUAUCACCCCAGUACCCUACCACCAUAGUACUCUACCACCCCAGUACUCUACCACCCCAGUACCCUACCACCCCAGUAGCCUACCACCCCAUACCCUACCACCCCAGUACCCUACCACCCCAGUAUCCUACCACCAUAGUAUCCUACCACCCCAGUACCCUACCACCCCAGUACCCUACCACCCAGUACCCUACCACCUCAGUAUCCUACCACCCCAGUACCCUACCACCCCAGUACCCUACCACCCCAGUAUUCUACCACCUCAGUACCCUACCACCCCAGUACCCUACCACCUCAGUAUCCUACCACCCCAGUACCCUACCACCCCAGUACCCUACCACCCCAGUAUUCUACCACCUCAGUACCCUACCACCCCAGUACCCUACCACCCCAGUAUUCUACCACCUCAGUAUCCUACCACCCCAGUACCCUACCACCCCAGUAUUCUACCACCCCAGUACUCUACCACCCCAGUACCCUACCACCCCAGUACUCUACCACCUCAGUACCCUACCACCCCAGUACCCUACCACCCCAGUACCCUACCACCCCAGUAUUCUACCACCCCAGUACCCUACCACCCCAGUACCCUACCACCCCAGUAUUCUACCACCUCAGUACCCUACCACCCCAGUACCCUACCACCCCAGUACUCUACCACCUCAGUACCCUACCACCCCAGUACCCUACCACCCCAGUACUCUACCACCUCAGUACCCUACCACCCCAGUACCCCACCACCCCAGUACCCUAUCACCCCAGUACCCUACCACCCCAGUAACCUACCACCAUAGUACCCUACCACCCCAGUAUCCUACCACCCCAGUACCCUACCACCCCAGUACCCUAUCACCCCAGUACUCUACCACCCCAGUACCCUACCACCUCAGUAUCCUACCACCCCAGUACCCUACCACCCCAGUACCCUACCACCCCAGUGUUCUACCACCUCAGUACCCUACCACCCCAGUACCCUACCACCCCAGUAUUCUACCACCUCAGUAUCCUACCACCCCAGUACCCUACCACCCCAGUACCCUACCACCCCAGUAUUCUACCACCUCAGUACCCUACCACCCCAGUACCCUACCACCCCAGUACUCUACCACCUCAGUACCCUACCACCCCAGUACCCUACCACCCCAGUACCCUACCACCCCAGUAUUCUACCACCCCAGUACCCUACCACCCCAGUAUUCUACCACCUCAGUACCCUACCACCCCAGUACCCUACCACCCCAGUACUCUACCACCUCAGUACCCUACCACCCCAGUACCCUACCACCCCAGUACUCUACCACCUCAGUACCCUACCACCCCAGUACCCUACCACCCCAGUACUCUACCACCCCAGUACCCUACUACCGCCUUCUCUGA